AUGGAAAUUGACUUACCAAAUCUUCCUUCAGAUCCUGGGUUACGAACUAGGAUUAUAGAUUACAGUCCCAAUAUUCAAGACCAAAUUCGCAGAGCAUAUAUACUAAAGGGUCUUUGUCAACCUCGAAAACAUAAAUUUCCACAAAAGAAAUUUGGACAAGCAUCAGCGUUAAGACGAUUUAUUCCUGAUUGGUUUAAUGAUUAUUCUAAUUGGUUAGAAUACAGUAUUUCAAAAGAUGCAUUAUUUUGUUUACAUUGCUAUCUUUUUAAGCAUAAUAUAGGAGAACAAUCAGGUGGUGACUCUUUUGUUAGUGAAGGAUUUUCAAAUUGGAAGAAGAAAGACAGACUUCAAAUUCAUGUUGGAGAGCCAAAUAAUGCCCACAACCAAGCUUGGAAUCAAUAUGAAGCUUUAAAGAAUCAAAAUCAACACAUUCAAACAAUAAUGUUCAAUCAAUCAGACCAAACUCGAAUUGAUUAUCGAAAGCGUUUGACUACAUCAAUUGAUUGCAUUCGGUAUUUGUUAGAACAAGGGCUUGCAUUUCAUGGUCAUGAUGAAUAUGAGCAUUCAAGUAAUCAAGGAAAUUUCCCCCAGCUUUUAAAGUUUUUUGCUAAUCAUAAUGAGGAUGUUAAAUCAGAACAAAUGGCUGUUGUAUUUCGUUAUGUGAAUAUGGAUGGUGAUGUAAUUGAAUGUUUUAGAGGUGUGGAACAUGUUACAAGUACCACUGCUCUUUCACUUAAGAUGGCAAUUGAUGAACUAUUUUGUAGGCAUGGACUGAGUAUAACUAGAUUGCGCGGGCAAGGAUAUGAUGGAGCUAGUAAUAUGCAAGGCAAAUUUAAUGGUCUUAAAACACUAAUUUUAAAGGAAAAUGAAUGUGCUUUUUAUGUCCAUUGUUUUGCUCAUCAACUACAGUUGGCUCUUGUGAAAGUUGCAAAAAGUCAUGUUGAUAUCACUACUUUUUUUAGCUAUGUUGCUAAUGUGGUCAAUGUUGUUGGGGCUUCAUGUAAACGUCGUGAUAUUCUUCAUGAAAAACAAGCUACCAUGGUUAUUGAAGCACUCAAUAAUGGUGAAAUUGAAAGUGGACGGGGUCUUAAUCAGAAUACUACUUUGAAGGAUAAUUUACACAGACCUCCCCUAUGGUUUGUCAUAAUUUUAGGCGGCACUCCUCCUGUUCCAGAAAUUACGCGAACCUCCCCUAUUUUUUAA